CGACUCCAACCUUCGUCUCAUCGACUAUAUCUCUUUCUCGUCUACCGUUACACCCAAAUAUCCUUAUUAAACCAAGCGUUGCAACCGACCUCUGCUUCCACGGACUUCAACCUUCGUCUCAUCGACUGUAUCUCUUUCUCUUCUACUGUUACACCCAAAUACCCAAAUUGCAGCUCCCAAUCAGGCAGCCUUUAUCCAAAUCGAGCUUCAUAUUCAACCGACCUCGGCGGGGGAAUUGAAAUCACAGUAAGAAUUUGGUAAACCUCUAUGGAGAUGGCAGCUGAGAAUGCCAGGAGAGGGAUAAAGAGGUUCUUGGAACAAUCCACAAGUGAUCGAGUUGAUCAAGGAGAAUCUAAAUGUAGUUGUGUCAAAUCAAAGAGAUUGAAAACAAUAUUUCAUCCAGAAAUUGCAGGAGGAUCUAAUGAAUGUCAGAAUGAAAUGCAAUCAGGAGAUGAUGAUCAAAAUGUCAGUCAAGUUUUUUUCCCUGUUUUACCUGCAGAUUCAUUGGUGGAAUUAAAUGAAAAUAAUUCUUUCCAACAGCUCCCAACUGAUGUCACAAAUAUGGCAGCUAAAAAUACCAAGAGAGGAAGAAAAAAGUUCUUAAAACAAUCUUCUGGUGAGAAAGUUGAUGAAGGAAAAACUGAAUCCAGUCAUGUUAGAUCAAAGAGAUUGAAAAGAAUGUUUUGUCCAAGCAUUACUGAAGGAUCUAAUGAAUGUGAGAAUGGAAGUCAACUUAUAGAUGGUGAUAAAGAUAGUAUUCCAGAUUCAGCUUCAAUUCUGGUGCGAGUUGCAGUUUGAUCAUCUUCAUCUUCAACUCUUGGAUUUGUGGCUUUGAUCUUCAUCGAAGCUUGGUUUUGGUCUUCAUCUUCUCCUCAGGUUAUUCGAUCUUGAUCUUGUUUCUUAGGACUAUGAACUUUAUGAGUUUGAGCUUUCUAGUAAAAAAGUUUGAGGUAUCUAGAGUAAAUCAAAGCAAAUCGGAGUAAACUUGGAACAUUUAGAGCAAUUCUUGAGCAAAAUCUUUGUGUAUUUUAGCCUUAUAGCAAAUUUGGAGUAUAUAGAGCAAAUCAGAGUAAAAUUGGAGCCUAUAGAACAAUUAUCGAGCAAAAUCUCACUGCAAACUGUGCAUACUUCAAGAUUAUAGAGCAAAACUGCUAUCCAUAUGUGAUAUCUGUGUCAAAAUUGAAGCAAUUAGUGAGCAAAGUAAAUUUUGAGCUGAUUUCUCUCUACUGUGUGUGAUUAUGAGUUUCUUUGAUUCAAGUAAUACUGUUCUUGAAGUGUACUGCUGGAAGUUGCUACAAACAGAACUUUAUUCAGUAAGAUCUCUUUGCAGUAAAACAUAAAGGUUACAGAUGGCUCCUCAAGGUGUAACUACUCCUAGUCUUUCUCACUCUGAUGUUCAUUCUUUACUGAGUAUCAUAACUAUGCGACUUGGAGAAAGAAACUUCAUCAAAUGGAGUUUUCAGUUCCAGUCUACACUUGCUGGAAAUGGAUUGUUUGGUUUUUAUGAUGGCUCAGAAGUUGCCCCUCCUCGAUAUGUUCUUACUUCUGAAUUUGAAGUCACUAAGGAAGAAACUACAGCCUAUAGAGCAUGGAAGCAGACAGACAUGGCUCUUCUUAGCCUACUCAUGGCCACUUUGGAUGAAGAUAUUGUAGAUGUGAUAAUAGGUUGCAAAACUUCUAGACAAGCUUGGAUUGCUCUUCAAGAACGUUUUUCUGCUGUGUCAAGAGUGAGUAUAAUGCAGCUUAAAACUGAGUUACAAACACUUCGCAAGGGGAGUGAGACAAUUGAGAAGUAUCUGCAACGUGUUAAGAAUGCUCGAGAUCAGCUCUUAUCAGUAGGAGUUUCUAUUCCAGAUGAAGACAUUAUCAUUGUCAUCUUGAAUGGUCUCCCUGAUGAAUACUCCACUAUUAGAACUGUUGUUGAAGGCAGAGAAACACCUAUUUCUCUUCGAGAUUUGAGGUCUCAAUUGCUUGCUGCAGAAAGAAGACUUGAAGGAAGUUUUUCUCUUUUGUCUACCAUGAGUGCUAUGUUAGCUCAAGGAGGUGAGACAAGGACUGGAGAAAGAGAUGGAAGUAGUAGAGGCUGGGAUAACAAGGGUGGAGGGAAAAAUAAAGAUGUUAAAUAUAAUGGGAAUGGUGUUGAGUGCUCUGUAUGUGGUAAAAAGGGUCAUACUGUGGACACAUGCUUUCGUGUUCAUAAAUGCCAAAUAUGUGGCAAACAUGGUCAUCUUACAAGUACUUGCUAUCAGAACCCUGACUACAAACCUCAACAAACUUCUCAGUCACAAUUCAGGCCUUCAAGCAUUGUACCAUCUCCUGAAUGUCAAAUUUGUUCUAAGAAAGGUCACACAGCUGCUAACUGUUUUUACAGAACUAAUGUUCCUGAGGGACAUCCAUCUUUGUCUAUUCCCACCUGCCAAAUAUGUGGCCUCAAAGGACAUGUUGCUUUGAACUGUUCUCAUAGAACCAACUUUGCUUAUCAAGGUUCUGAUCCUCCUGCUUCUCUGGCUGCUCUAACUGCUCAAUCAACAGGUAGUGUUAAUGGUGUGUUUCAUCAAACUCAAGGAGGAGGAUGUCUGGUAUCUAAUGGAUCAUCCAGCUCUUGUUUUCCUGGUGGUUUUCAUCCUAGCAGUGAUGCUUCUUCAUCCAAUAACUUGGCUGCUCCAUCAAACACUCAUUCAAACAGUGAAAUUUGGAUAGGAGACUCUGGAGCAACUCACCACAUGACUUCAAAACUGAGAAAUCUCACAAUUGCUCAACCAUAUUCUUCUGACAACAAGAUAACCAUUGGUAAUGGUACAGGUUUGAAUGUGGCACACACUGGCUCUAGUUGCAUUAAACCUGCUGAUCAUGUCUUACAAUUGAAACAAGUUCUGCAUGUUCCAGACU